UUUGUAGCAGCCGCUAUCACGACCGUACACCAGGAAGUGUCCGAUCUAUCCGUUGUGUUUCUGUGGGGUCAACUCUCUCAGUAACUACGUUCAAAGAGCGGGCAGAGGAAAGUUGUUGUGAAGGCUUGCGUAGAGUGCCAGGAUGGACUCUGGAAUUUUGAACAUAGAGGAGAUCGUGAUGGGACGGGGACUGCCAGAUCCACCCCCAGAGGUCCCCCCAGAAAAGCCUGUUGAACCAUACAAGCCCAAGCCCAAGCCCAUCACUCUGAAUGGACCUCCUGCAUCAACUGUUCAAUCCUACCAGCAUGAGAAUCUGCAGUGUUUCCAGUGCUUCAUCACUUUCUGCAGUGCCAAAGCCAAGGAAAGACAUAUGAAGAAAAGUCACAGAGAAGAGUACAAGCAACAGCUUCAGCAGGGAAACACCUUGUUCACCUGCUACGUGUGUGAUCGAACAUUUCCGUCCUCUGAGGAGCUGACACAGCACCAGCCAACACAUAGCAAGGACGACAAGCCCUUCAAAUGUGUUCACUGCAAGGAGAGCUUUAAAACCUUUUCUGAGCUGACUGCCCAUAGAAGACAGGUGUGUCCAGAGAAACAGUUGGUAUGUAAAGAUUGUAAUGAAAUCUUCAGAAGUGCUGGACUGCUGCGUACUCAUCGCCUUACCCAGCAUCCGCGCCCAGACGUCGAACCUGCAGAACAGCCAGAGGACCAUACAAAAACCCACCGCUGUGCUAAGUGUGGCCAGGGCUUUGAAACAGAGCCGGAGUUGGUGGCACACCAGGAAAAGUAUCCUGAAGGUCAGCAAUGUAACGGAAGUGCUCCAUCUGUCAAGAAACGUGGGCGGCCCUCCAAAACUGAAGACCCUGCGGGCACUGAGAAGAAGGGAAAGCGGAAAAAAAAGGAUGAAGCAGAUGUGCCUGAGGAGGAGGUGAAGGCCAGCAGCACAUCUGAGUCAGCAGCUCCGUUGGCUGAGGAAAAAGGAAAAGCAGGUGCAGCAAAGCGUGGCCGUCCAGCUAAAGCUGCAGCAAAAUCAGAAACAGAAGAUAAGAAGAGUCCUGAGGAUGAAAGUGAGGCUUCUGCAAAAGAGAAGAAACCUAAAGAAGUUCCUGCUCCAGCCCGUCAGCACCCCUGUCCUGAAUGUGACCUCACCCUCCCCAGCUUGAUCCAGCUCCGAGCCCAUAAGAAGGAGAAACACACCCCGCGGAAAGCCCAUCCCUGUGAAGAAUGUGAGGAGAGCUUUGCCCGUCCUGAGCAGCUGGAUGCCCACAUGUCAAGAGCUCACGUUGUGGGUCGCUUUGCCUGUGCAACCUGCGGGAAGAGCUUUGGCCGUGAGCGCACCUUAAAGAAUCAUGAGAAAAGCCACCCAGAGGAGAAGCCUGAAAACCCAAGUGCCAAGAGAUAAUUGAGACUUGGGGACCUUGCAGAAAGUGCAGUUGUUUUUGAAGAUUUUAGUCAUGACUUGUCCCUUUUCUUUUAACAUUAGAGAUCGGGUGCUACAGAUGAUAGAUGAUGCUUUUCAGAUGAGAUGGUUUCAAGAGUGACAUUUUAGCAAGUUUUGUAUUUAAAGUUGAGUUUUGAUCUCGAGCUGUUGAAAUUAUGGACGGAGAUAAAAAAUCCUAAAUUGACUAACCAAAUGUUGCUGAAUCCAUCUAUUUCACCCUUUGUCACAACGCGUAGUUUAUUUGUAAAAACAAAAAAAAAUGUUUUAAUUAACCUUUUUAAAAUAAUUUCUUUAAGUUUUUUUUUACAGUUUGGAAUGCGUGUGGUGUGAAUUUAUUACUCGGUGUUUUGAGUUUUAAAACUUAUCUUGUGGAAAAAAUGUUUUUUUUUUUCUAUUUUUCAUUACAGAUUGGUAAUUAAACAUUUUGAAGCCAAUUAUUAAAAAUAGAGAUACUAUGUUUAGAAAGUUUGUCAAAAGAGAAUUGUACUGUACAGCUUCUGGGCCACAUUUUUGCAUUUUUUUUUUACAUUUAAUACUUUGAUGUUUAUUUCUAAAUUAAGUCAGAUUGGGGAAUAAUUUUAAAAUAAUAUGAUUUACCUCUGCUUAAAAUUAAUUUUUAAACAAUUGUUUCAGAUGAACAUGUGGAGUGUUUUGCCCAUGGGCAGAAAUCAUCCAUUAUAAAACUGAUUUGUCUUACAAUCAAAUGUCCUGUUAUUUUUUUAUUCAUUAGAACUAUUUUGUGUCUUAGACAUUUCUUCAAUGGAACUCAUGGCCCUUUAAUGCCUAAAAGUCCCAUAGGGAACUGUGUAUAUCAUGUGUUAUUCACUGAUCUGAUUGUUUCUCUUCCCACUGCAAUGUGUCUGGACACUGCAAAACAUGUAAUAAACCAUGCUAUUCUAAGGGAGGCUGCUGAAGAUAUAAGCUG